UGAGAAGCCUGUGAAACAAAAUCGGGACAAACUCUCCUACUAUUCCUCAUGUGUUUCAUGUGAAUUUUGAAUUUGUUUCUGCAGAGCUUAUUGAACUUGAAGAUACACAGGUGCAGUUCCAGUUCUUUUUAAAUGACAUCACAACAUACAUAGAAGUCAGGAAUAUGAAAGAUACCUAAGAGUUAAAAAUAUUACAAGGGAACAUAAGAUUUUUGUUUGCAACAUACUGUUUCUCUGAAGAGUACCAGUUGGAAUCAAGAUCAGAAUGAAUUGCUGCUUAUUGCUGCCUUUUAUGUUGGGAAUUCCUCUCCUAUUGCCUUGCCUUAUAGCAACAGAAAACUCUAAAACAGAGGAAGUUAAGCACCCAGCGGGAUCUCAUUUGAGAGUGAGGCGGGGCUGGAUGUGGAACCAGUUUUUUGUACCAGAAGAAAUGAAUAAGACUAGACAUCACAUUGGCCAGCUAAGAUCUGAUUUAGACAAUGGAAACAACUCUUUCCAGUACAAGCUUUUGGGAGCUGGAGCUGGAAGUAUUUUUGUCAUUGAUGAAAGAACAGGUGACAUAUAUGCUGUACAGAAGCUUGAUAGAGAGGAACGGUCCCUCUACACUCUAAGAGCCCAGGUAAUAGACACCACUACUGGAAGGGCUAUGGAACCUGAGUCUGAGUUUGUCAUCAGAGUGUCGGAUAUCAAUGACAAUGAACCAAAAUUCCUAGAUGAACCUUAUGAGGCCAUUGUACCAGAGAUGUCUCCAGAAGGAACAUUUGUCAUCCAGGUGACAGCAAGUGAUGCUGAUGAUCCUUCAAGUGGCAAUAAUGCUCGUCUCCUGUACAGCUUACGACAAGGCCAACCAUAUUUCUCCAUUGAACCAACAACAGGAGUCAUAAGAAUAUCUUCUAAAAUGGAUAGAGAACUGCAAGAUGAGUAUUGGGUGAUUAUUCAAGCCAAAGACAUGAUUGGUCUGCCUGGAGCACUGUCUGGAACAACAAGUGUAUUAAUCAAACUUUCUGAUGUUAAUGACAAUAAGCCUAUAUUUAAAGACAGUUUAUUUCGCUUGACUGUCUCUGAAUCUGCAUCUGUUGGGAUGUCGAUUGGAAAAAUCAUGGCAUAUGAUAAUGACAUAGGAGAGAAUGCAGAAAUGGAUUACAGCAUAGAAGAUGAUUCAAAAACGUUCGAUGUCAUUACUAAUAAUGAGACCCAAGAAGGAAUAAUUAUAUUAAAAAAGAGAGUAGACUUUGAGCACCAGAACCACUAUCGUAUUAGAGCAAAAGUUAAAAACCGCCGAGUUGAUGAGCAGCUCAGGAAAUACCAUACUGAAGCUUCCACCACUUUCAUCAAGAUCCAGGUGGAAGAUGUUGAUGAACCUCCUGUUUUCCUCCUCCCGUAUUACUUAUUUGAAAUCUUUGAAGGAAGCCCGUACGGAUCAUUUGUAGGCACCGUCUCUGCCACAGAUCCAGAUCAGAGGAAAUCUCCUAUCAGGUAUUCUAUUACCAGAAGCAAAGUGUUCAGUAUUGAUGACAAUGGUACAGUCUUCACAACUAACCCUCUUGAUCGAGAGAUUAGUGCUUGGUAUAACCUAAGUGUUACAGCCACAGAAAAAUACAGUAUAGAACAGAGUUCUCCAGUCCCUGUGUAUGUGCAAGUUCUCGAUAUCAAUGAUCAUGCUCCUGAGUUCUCCGAAUACUAUGAGACUUACGUUUGUGAAAAUGCAGUCUCUGGUCAGGUGAUUCAGACCAUCAGUGCAGUGGACAGAGAUGAAUCCAUAGAAGAUCACCACUUUUACUUUAAUGUAUCUGUGGUAGAAAAUAACUCAAGUUUUACAAUCAUAGAUAAUCAAGAUAACACAGCUGUAAUUUUGACUAAUAGAACUGGUUUCAGCCUUCAAGAAGAGCCUGUCUUCUACGUAUCCAUCCUAAUUGCUGACAAUGGAAUCCCAUCACUUACAAGCACAAACACCCUUACCAUACACGUCUGUGCCUGUGAUGACACUGGUAGCACGCAGACCUGCAAUAAUAAGGAUCUUAUGCUUUCCAUGGGAUUCAAGACAGAAGUCAUAAUUGCUAUUCUGAUAUGCAUUAUGAUAAUAUGUGGGUUUAUUUUUUUGAACCUAGGUCUGAAACAACGAAGGAAACAGACUCUAUUUCCUGAGAAAGGUGAAGAUUUCAGAGAGAAUAUAUUCAGAUAUGAUGAUGAAGGUGGCGGAGAGGAGGAUACAGAGGCAUUUGACAUAGUGGAGCUGCAGGGUGGCACAGUCAUGCGGGAACGCAAGACUCGGAGAGCCAGCAGGGUAGAGAUUCGGAGCCUGUACAGGCAGUCUUUGCAGGUUGGCCCAGAUAGUGCUGUAUUCAGGAAAUUCAUUCUAGAAAAGCUCGAAGAGGCUAACACUGAUCCCUGUGCCCCUCCUUUUGACUCCCUCCAGACCUAUGCUUUUGAGGGGACAGGGUCCUUAGCUGGAUCCCUGAGCUCUUUAGGGUCAGCAGUCUGUGAUCAGGAUGAAAACUAUGAUUACCUUAAUGAAUUGGGACCUCGCUUUAAAAGAUUAGCAUGCAUGUUUGGUUCGGCUAUGCAGUCAAAUAAUUAGGGCUUUUUUAUUAAUAAAUUUUUUUAAAUGCUAAUGUGUAUUUGGGCAAACUGGUAGUCUCUUGGUAAAGAGUUGUAUACUCCGGUUCUUGGGAAAAAGGAAAAGACCCAAUUUAUAAUGUUUUCUGAUAUUCUUGGGGUAAGUAUCCCAUGGUUAUUUCAAGCUACCCAUCCAUUGUCACUGACUGCAGGUAUGGGGAAGUGAAGCUAACAGUCAGCUCUCGGGUGCCAAGGCAGGCCAGCUCUAGUGUGCCCCUGAAAUACUCCUCUGACAUUUUUCCAAUACCAUCCAAUACAAAUUCUCAAAAUUUUUGAAAAUUUAAUGUGAAAAGGGCCCUGAUCUAGAUUGUCUUAAUAUUAUUUCAUUUAUCCAUUUUUAAAAUCUUACAAAGUAAGAGUGAAGAGUUUAUGUGUGUUAAGCUCCCGAUACUCUACAGAGAUAAACACCUAGGAGAAUCUCGGUGGUUAUAUACAUCUUUUAAAAACUGUUUCUUUUCUAUGAAUAAGCAAGCUUCUGACUGAGAGUCUAUGAUUCAUUCUAGUUUGAUAUUUUAAAAAUGUCAUCAAGACCACAUUUUAAAACUGAUUUCAAAUUUAGACAGAUGCUUUGUAUCUGUUAAUUACUCAAAGAUAUAGUGUAAAUUUGUAUUCUCUUUGAUAUUACAGCUUUAUAUAAAAAAAGGGACAUAGACUUUGUUUAGGAGAUUUUCAUAUGUUAUUUUCUUAUGUAUCCAAAAUACAUCUUUAUCAUGUCACAAUACUAUGAUAAAACACAUAUCAACAUUUACUGAACAUUA